AUGAAAAUAUUAAUUAUUUUAUUAGUUUUUUUAAAUUUAAUUACAAAUAUUAAUUGCGCAGUCUGUUCUUCAAGAUUACAAGUCAGUGAUAUUAAAUUUGCCAAUACACAUGUACUUCCAAUUGAAGGUAAAAGUUGGAAAAAUAAUACUGUAACAUUAAAAAUUCUUCCAAACAGAGAGUCUUUGUUAUUAGCCAAAUUUCAAGAUCAAACUCUUUCCUAUACUGUUAAAGUUUGGGUUGAUGAUUCAUUAAUGGGAAAAUUAACACUUAAUGAUCCAAGUAAAUUGCCACCAACAGAAUCCAAUGGUACCAAAUAUUCCACUGUUCAUCAUAGUAUAAGAAUUCCAAAAGAUUGGAUGAAACCAAAAAUGAAAAUUCAAUUUUCAACUAUGCUCUUGAAAUCUGAAUUCUUUUUCCCAAACAUUGGUCAUGAAACAAAUUUAAAUAUGUGGCUUCUUCCAUUCUAUUUAUUUGGUGCAAACGAUACCAAUACUCAACCACUCUCUGUAACUGGUUCAAUAUCUAAAGAUGUUUCAGAUGAAUUAAUUCAAAAAUGGUCUUUGUCAUCAUUGAAUGCACUUAAUCACCCAAUUUCCAGAAUUGAUUGGUCAUACUUAAUUUUACCAGCUGGUAGAAAUAAUUUACCAGGUUUAAGAAUAACCAACUCUGACCAAAAAAGAGAUGGUUAUGAGAUUAUGAGUGUCGUUUUGGGUAUUUUGAGUGGAAUUAGAGGUGCAAAUGGUGAAGGUCCAUCAUCAGUUCUUUACUAUGCUCCACUUAUUCACUUGGGUGCCAAUGGUAAAUAUGCAGAUCCUUGGGGAGGCUUAGGAGGUGGUUCCGUGGGUACCGGAGACUAUUCCUAUACUGGUAUUUUCAUCCACGAGGCCGGUCAUAGCUAUGGUUUGCCCCAUGCCGGUGAUAGUUACAAGAGUGGAAAUUAUCCAUAUGUAGAUGGAAGCUUGCUCGGAUCAGAAUGGGGUUUUGAUAUGAACCAUAAUGAAUUUUUAAGUGUAAAUAUUCCAUCAAAUAUUGGUGCAUAUAAAAAUUGUAAUAAAAGUUUUAUAUUGGAUCAAAAUAAAAAUUGCGUUAAACAAUCUGUAAUGCAAGGUGGUGCAGGUAACCAAGCCCAAGGCUAUAGAUACUCAAUGUUUGCAGAUUAUGAAGAAGUUACCAUUCAAAACUAUUUCAAAGAUUCAAUCAUUUAUGAUAAAUCCUUUUCCACUGGUUACAAAAAGUGGAAUACAACAACUCUUAAAUAUGAAACCUAUACUCCAUCCACCAAGAGCAAUGGUCUCUAUGGUAUAAAUGAUGGUCUUCCAAUUGAAAGAAAUGUAGAUGUUUACACAAUCAUCAUCACUCACAGUUUUGUUGGACCAGCCAACCUUUCUCAAAUUUAUCCAAUUUUUAAAUCAAAAGGAAAUCUUAUGCCCUUUUUUGAUCCAACCAAUUCAACUCAAUUGGUUGACAUUAGACCAAAUGUUAGUAAAUAUGCAUGGUAUUGUCAUGCAAAUGGUUGUGAUUAUACUAUUAAAAUCACAUAUACUGAUGGUACCACUAAAUAUAUGCUCUUACAAAGAGGUAAACGUUCAUGGUUUAGUCCAAGUGGUGCUAUUGGAAGUGGUUUUACAGAUCCUUUAAGUGGCGAGAGUUCCUUAUCAGUAAUAUUUAAUAUUAAGGCUGACAAAACACCUAGUAAAAUUGAAUUAUUUGAAACAUUACUUGGUUUUAAUGGUUUUAAUAGUACAACCGCUACUCUUUUAGUUUCACAAUCAUUUUAA